CCUCAGACCAGCCCACCUCACCUCCCUGUCCUCUCUGUCUGCUCCCGGUGUCCGUAGACAAAUCUGACCGCGGAUCAGCGCACACGGGCUCCCUCCACACUACGAGUCACACCAACCGGGACUCAGACCAGAGGAAAUCGUGUUCGUCGGCUGGCGAGUCCGCACGCCAAGACACAUCCACAGCAGAGCACAGCGAGGGACGGACGGUGUGAUAAGAAGGGACUGGAUCCACGGGAAGGCUGGAGGAACAACAGAAACCAGCUUUAAUGCAAAAACACGUUUAGUGGCGAGAGGAGACAGAGGACUGGCCGGCCCCGCAGAAGGACAAGUAUUACGCGAAGCUAAUUUCCAACAUUUUCUAUUAUUGGCAGCGGGAGUGAGUGUGUCUCCGAGCCAAAUUUAUAACGAGAGCUAGCGGAAUGUAAUGCUAGCCAGCUAGCUGCUGUUAGCUAGCUAAUUAGCUUGUCAGGCAUCCAGGAGUCGGACGCGUGAUCUUUAUUAAAAUAGGUCACUGUUUGGCGUCGUUUUACUUUUUUAGGGAAAAGGCUGUACUUGAUGUUCUUUGUCCUGGCAUGGUCAUAAUGUUCUGCCUCGAAUAGCUAACGCCAAGUUAAGACAAUAAACAGUACAGGCUGCCCAUAUUGAUGUAAACCAGUUCAAUAUUUCCCCUCUACGCUUUUUGGGGAAAGCCAGUUCCAUUGUGAAUAUCGAGCUGUGGAUAAUUCAACCGGAGAAGGCAAAGGUAAAGACUUUUGACUGGUGACUGUCUGCCGUCCAAUGUUAAUGUCGACCGACGUUGCAUCUAUAAUGCUACCCGUUAGUCGGGGAAUAAUGGAAAGAGACAUUGAUACAACAGCCGGAGCCCUUGCAAACGCGGCCGGGGGUCCAGCAGCUGUCCGUGGGAUGAAGCGAGGAGACCCGGAGCCCGACGCUCAAACAGCCGCUGCGUUGACUGACUUAGCCGGGGCGGAGUGCAAAAGACCAAGGAUAGACGGGAGUGUUGUUGGUGACAUUGGACAGAACAAUGAGCCUUUAAACCCCGGUUUCCAUGGCUACCCACCUCACAGUCAGGGCUCUCAGGAUUCGACAGGAGGACAGGAGGGAUUGGUGGCCCCACCCUUUUCAGCGUUCCCUCCUCCACCCCCUCCUCAAAACGGGCUGCCAGUGACAGAGUUUGGCCCCGGGGCCAUGUUCGCUGGGGGCCAAGGUACAGCAGAGGUAGGGGCUGGUGCUAAUGGAGCCACCACCACUACUGCCACCAACAACAAUGGAAAGACAGAGGAGGUGUCCCAGGGUGAGGCGGGUGUACAGUGCGGUUCAGGAGGCUCAGGAGGAGGAGGUUCUGUGGGAGACCCCUCAGAGGCCAAAGGGACCCCGAAACGCCUCCAUGUCUCAAACAUCCCCUUCCGCUUCCGGGACCCUGACCUCAGGCAGAUGUUUGGGCAAUACGGAAAGAUUCUGGAUGUAGAGAUUAUUUUCAAUGAGAGGGGUUCAAAGGGCUUUGGCUUUGUGACAUUUGAGACCAGCGCAGACGCAGAGAAAGCCAGGGAAAAGCUCCACGGCACGUUGGUGGAAGGUCGUAAAAUUGAGGUGAAUAAUGCUACCGCCAGGGUGAUGACCAACAAGAAAAUGGUCAGCCCCUACCCUAACGGAGAGGCUCUCAGCACGCUGCCUUAUGCAGGGUGGAAAUUGAGUCCAAUGAUGGGGGCCGUGUACGGACCAGAGAUCUACGCAGUCCCAGGGUUUCCCUACCCUUCAGCAGCAGCAGCAGCCACCACAGCAGCAGCAGCGUUCCGUGGCGCCCACCUCCGGGGCCGGGGCCGACCCGUGUACAGCGCCGUGCGGGCUGCUGUGCCUCAGCCUGCCAUCCCCACCUACCCCGGUGUGGUGUAUCAGGAUGGGUUUUACGGAGCUGCCGACUUAUACGGAGGCUACCCUGCUGCUGCUGCCGCCGCCGCCGCUGCCUAUCGCUACGCCCAGCCUGCGGCUGUAACCGGGGCAACCGCCGCAGCUGCCGCCUACAGCGACAGUUACGGCCGGGUGUACACUACAGAUCCCUACCACGCUUUGACUCCAGCUGCUGCUGCUUACGGAGUGGGAGCCAUGGCCAGUUUAUACCGGGCAGGAUACAGUAGGUUUGCUCCGUACUAAAACCACAAAUCACACCAGAGGAAUUUUCACAUCGCUCCAAAAACCCUUUUUCAAGCUCUUUGUUUGGCAGCAGCUCCCCUCCAUCUUUUCUGCAGGCGGACUAUAGUGACAACUCAUGUGUUUUUGUUUUUCCUUUUCUUUUCUUCCCGUUUUUUUUUUUUUUUUUUUUUUGUGGUGGCGAGAGAGGUCAUUUGCCACAUCAUCAACUCAAACUCUGUUUCUGUACUCUUCUGUCUGCCGCCGACACGGAAACAAUGACAAAACUGCCACAUAACAAGCCGGCGCCUGCUACCUUUGAACUACGGGGGCACAAUUUAGGACGUUUUUUAAAAAGAAACACUACAGGAGCUGGAAGGAGAGAGAGACUGGCUGUUUCCUGUGUGAUCCUGCACACAUUUUCCCCCUCUUCAAGUAUAUCCACUGCCCUAUUCUCACCUAUAUACACACACUUUCAUUGAACACCAAGUAUACCGUUUCCUCUCCUUUAGUGUCGGCCUGCACAGAAUGAUGCCGCAGCACAGCGUUACUACGAACGGUACUUCUGUUUUUAAACACUACAUUAAAGCCCUCUGGUUUAGCAUCGUGGUAUAAUAAUGAAACUGCUUGAUACAGAAGAUGUAGGAAUUCUUUCUUGUUGUUUUGUAAAGCUGGAAUACGGGACAUUCAGCCGGAGGGAAUUGGGAGCAUCUGACUGACAGAAACCACUGUUUUCCUGGUAACACGGCAUGGGAAAAAAAUAUUUUUUUUUGUCUAACAUUUCACUACUUCCCCUGAGGAAACACAAGAAAAAAAAGAAUCUCAAAAAAAAAAGAAAAUGACAAAGAAAAAACAAGUGACUUUUUUUUCUGCAUUACCUCAGUUUUUCUGUUUUAGUUUCGCUGCCAUCGAUAAGAAGUUGCAUAGAAAUGUCAUUAUAUAUAACGUGUCAGACAGAGCCAUUCACUUGUCCUUAUUGCUGGUCUUCACAUUUAUUACUGUAACUGCAACACUAAGUGGGGACGUGGCAUCAGUUUGACCCUGGAUGAUGUCCGUUUUUGAUCCGAGGCUCGCCCCUUUUCCUAAAAACUCUCCUAAAUCCGUAAAGACAUUCCAGCUGCAGCGGGUCAGACGGCCAAAGAAACCCACCAUACACAAAAUGAACUAGAUUUAGCUGAUUUUCUGAAGCUGGAACACCCACACAGGGAAGUAAAUCUUCUGCCAGUCAGCCAAAUGGGAAUCCCUCCUGGCCCAACGGAGAUAUUUCUGCCUACAGGCUCCAGGCAGCGCUGCUCUGAUCCCAACUCAGCAGAAACAACGCUAGAUCCCAACAGAACAGCCCAGAUUAGAAUAGAUUUAAAACAGAAAGAGAUUGCAGUCAUGUAAUGGAGUCGUGAAGUAAUAAGAAUUUAUAAGUUUUCCUAUUUAUAUUCAUCAUUUUUAAUGUGAUAUCACGUCAUUUUGUAAUUUUAAAUCCUUCAUCAUGCUCUCUGGGAUUGUUCGCUCCGGAUACUUUUAAAGUUCUCUUCGCCACUCGGUGUCACAAACUGACUGGCAGCCAGACAAUUUAUAGACCAAGUCUGUCCUGUAUGUAUCACAUCUCCAUAUACUCUCACUAUGUUGUUAUUGCUAUUAUUUGCCUUUUUUUGGUUCCAAAGAUUUUCUGAAGAAAGCACAUUUUUGGUCCUGAUGUAUUUCUUAGUUUUGUGGUUGUUUUUUUGCCUUUAUUUUGUUGUUUUUUUAAUGUGUGUGUUUGAAGCUGUAUCUUUCAGUACAGUGUUGAAAAGCACCCUGGGAAAUGUCAUCCAAGCAGCAACUACAACAAAAAAAAAAAGGUUGCAGCAGUUUUGGGAAUUCUGACCCCGUAAAAACAAUCCAGUCCACACAUUUAUUUAUCAGCUUUUUUUUUUUUUUUUGUUAGUUAAAAUGUUGUCAAUGCAGAGGCUGCAGACAAGGGAAAUCAUGCAGACGGAGUCAUGAGGGACACGCAGAAAGACAGAGCAGAUAUUAUGAAUUAAAUUUGCCAUUAGGGCCAAAUUACAGGCAAAGUAAAUGGAGGGAAACGUCCACACAAUGUCAAGCGCCCCGUGGACCCAGCGGCGGCAGCCACCUUUUGAACAAUGAAACAAUGCGUGGGUGGUUAGCAGAGGGACGUUGUGGCUGUGGAGGUGAAGGUGAGGAGCUGAGCCAUUCAUCAUUAGCUGACAGGAUAACAACGUCCCCUGCUGUCCUUUUCUUUUUUUGUAAUUUUUUCUCAGUGCGCUCAGGGUGGGGCGGACAGCACGAGGAGGGGUGUGAUGUUGUUUUUGUAUGAUUGUGAAAACUGUGUGCAGUAGGUCCAAUGAGUAUUUUUGACGCGCAUUACCUCUUUUUUUUGUCUUUUAUUAUUCCUUACAAGUAUUAUCAGAAGUGUUGCUAUGCAUGCUUUUGUGAGAGAGGAAAGAAUCUUUUUCAUUUGUGCAUGAAUUCAAAUCAUAGUGCUGGAGGAGGGAGAAGAGGAGGAGGAGGAGGAGGAUGGAGGUGUUUACAGAGGAGCUGUGUGAUGGGAGGCGACAGGAGCGAUGUCAGUGAAGAGGGUCCGGUAGAAAGUGUCUCUGGGUGGGGGAGGAGGAGGAGGAGAAGUGGCCCCGCAGUCGCUUUAUGGAAGCCGAUUGGGUCCACUUUAAUAAUCUGGGUUAUCGCUGCUCUGUGCCUCUGGUUGCCGUGGUAAUCACCAGCCGUAUCAGAUGCAUAAAGUUUAAUUUGGUGUGUCGAGACCCCCUGUGGUUUUCUUUUAUAAUGAAAAUAAAACAAUAACGACAGAAGCCCACGAAACGAUAAUUAAAAAAACCCAGAUCUGGUAGAUGAGGCUGGUGAUGUGGCUGCAGCUGCUCCUCCUGCAGCACCUCCACCUCCCUCAUCCUUCACAUGGAGGAGGUGUAGUGGCUGUGGAGCAGUGCGGUGCAGCUGCAGUGACUCCUGCGGGUGGCUCUGCCUGUUUUCCUCUCUUCUAAUUGGAGUGAAUCUUACUGGGAAGGCUGCAGAAGCGAGCGUAGAGGUGUGCUGGAACACGAGUCCUCCUCAGACGCUGACCCCGACCGACUCCCUGCACUGUGCCCGAGUCAACCCAGUGGGAGUUUGUUUGUUUUUUUGUACAGGGAUUUCAUAAAUGAGUUUGAAUUGCAUGUGGAUUUUUUUUUAAUGUCACAUGCAUUUAAAAGCUCAUUUAUCCAAGUGAUUUUUUUUUCAAUAAGUGACAUGUAUUUUCUCACAAUGUUUUAUUUUGCCAUCCUUGUGUCUGCCUUCUGUUUAUUCUCUUCAUUAUUAUUGAAUGUAUAUAAUAAAUAAACUGUUUGGUUUUUA